AAUUAUUAGGGAAUCAGCUGAACAUUACUGUUCCCACAUCAGUGAGUCUAUUACAUGAUUAUAUGGUAACAUACUGUAUAAGACAGGCAGCAUACAAUACAACUUAUAAGCUAGUAGCUGCCAACUUUCACUAGAAUUUCAAUCCUAAAGAGCACUUUUCACACAAACUCUAUCAAGCCUCGAUCACGUUUCACUCCUCUUUGUUUCCCUCUGACAGAUACACGGUCAAUUUUAUUGUUCUGUAAUCCGAUCCAGUUGUUGUCCAGAGCACUGCUGUAACCAUAGUAAUAUACUGUAUAAUUCAUCAGUCUGCAGUGGUGAAAACAUGGAGCAGGACUGUAUUGCUGGUCUUUACCAAUCUAUGGGCAUAUCCGCUGGAGCAGAGUUUUCCAUCGAAGAUGUGAGUCUUCUCCACCGCAAAGUGUUUCAUGUUCCCUCCAACAGCAAUGAAGCCCAUUCAGCCAUGAAGAAGCUGUGUGUGUUUCAGAUUGCAGGAGACGACAAUAGCUGGUCCUGUGUUGGUGAAAAUGUUUUGGAUGUUCUAUUAGAAAUGGAAAAGGAGAGGGAGAGGAAGGAAAUGCUAUACUGGGACCUCCAGCUACUAAACACUGGAAAUCUCAACACUUUGCAUCACAUGAUGGAUUCCCUGCACCAAAACACAGACCCCACGUCUUUGAAAAAUGCGUACAACUCAGAUUCAGGAUCCUUAAAGAUGUGUAUGACUGAAGUGGACAGUCUUCAGAUGGGGAGACUGCUGGGGGAAAAAGAGCCCUGUGGGAGAGUGACAAGUGUGAGGAGACUCAGGAAAGCAGCCAGGCAGUGCUGGGCUAGAUUGGCAUCAGAGGGUGUACAAAGCAUCCUACCCUUUCCCUGGCAAGGCCAAAGGUUGGGGGGCCGAGGUCAGGCAUGGGGCUGUAUCUCCCUGUCAGACGUCCUCCUCUUGGCGAAAGUGAAGUACGAUGUAGUGAUAUACUUGCUGUGUACAGAAAUGCUUCAGGAGCACCACACUGAAAGCGUCUGGGAGAUGCUGCUGCCAUGGCAGCAAGACAAGGAAGUAGAGAAGCUGGAGGAUCUUGUAGAAGAAGCUUUGGAGUCAGUUGACAUGCUCCGAUUGGCUGAACUUCCAGGAGCAUUCAGGAUAUACAAGUAACACACAUGCACAGAGUUUGUACAUUUGAAGUCCCACAGCAGUCAUUCGUGGGUUCUUGUUUUUGUUUUUGACUCCGCCAAGGAACGGCGGAGUUAUGUGACGAUCGGCGUAUGUUUGUCUGUGAAUCUGUGUGUCUGUCUGUCUGUCCGUGUGAAACAUUACUCAAAAAUGGACUAACGGAUUUGGAUGAAAUUUUCAGGGAAAGUCAGAAAUGACACAAGGACCACCUCAUUAAAUUUUCACAGUGAUGUGGCUUAUAGUCUGGAUCCACAGCUUUGUUAAGGAUUUCACAUUGCGAGAUAUAGCUGCUGGCACAGCGUCGCUGUAACCAUGACGACGAGUGAACACUGUGUCAGUUACCGGCUGCCGAUCACAUGAUUGCGAUCCCACUACAAAUUGACUGUGAUUUAUCAGUUGGAAAUCAUACGAGGAACAAUUGAUUAAACUGUGGGGUGUUUCUGAGUCCCAUCAAUUCCUGCUGCCUGCUACAUAUUUAGGUCACGUGAUGUAGCAAACCUCAUUCAGAAAAUGGUGAAGCUCAUGAUGUUUCACAAAGCCUUUAUUUACGUUCAGCCGUCAGCCUUAUUUUGAACACAAAUUCACCUUUCUGUCCUUCACUCUUUUCUUCAGGAAACACCGUAUGAGCUUGUACCCAUUCCAGCUAGCUGCUUCUAAGUUUAGACACAUCCUUUGCUAGACAGCAACAGCGUGGAACCGUUUUCUUUCAUCUUUAUGUGAGUUUUCACACAUUAUCACAAUCACAUUAUCACAAAAACAUCAUAGUUUAGUAUGUAGUCCAAAAUGUGGAAAAAAACAUCAUAGUUUAGUAUGUCGUCCAAAAUAUCACAAAAACGUCAUAGUUUAGUAUGUCGUCCAAAAUAUCACAAAAACGUCAUUAUUUAGUAUGUCGUCCAAAAUAUCAUAGUUUAGUAUGUCGUCCUAAAUGUCACAAAAACGUCAUAGUUUAGUAUGUCGUCCAAAAUGUGGAAAAAAUGUCAUAGUUUAGUAUGUCAUUCAAAAUAUCACAAAAACGUCACAGUUUAAGUAUGUCAUCCAAAAUGUCACAAAAACAUCAUAGUUUAGUACGUCGUCCAAAAUAUCACAAAAACAUCAUAGUUUGUGUCUUAAAAUAAGCCAGAUAUGCUAAAAAUAGCAGUUUUUCACUCAAAAAUAGAUCUUUGCUUCCAUGUAACCUCCUAAUUUGAAAUGUAUUAACCCUCCUGUUGUCUUCAUUUACAGGCACCAAAAAAUAUUGUUUCCUUGUCUGAAAAAAAUCCAAAAAUUCAGCAAAAAAGUUCCCCAAAUUUCUGAAAAUUUGCAAAUCCUUCAGGAAGAAAAUUCCAAUAAUUCCUUAAAAGUUUCCCUUAAAAGUUUUAUUUUUAAAAAAAAUCCCCCAAAUUUGGCAAGAAAAUUCUUGUAAAUAUUUUCCAAAAAAUGAGUAAAAAUCUUCCCAAAAAAAUCCUAAAAAUAUCCAAAGUGAUUCCAUAUUUAUCAGUAAAACUUCUAAUAUUUUCUUUAAGAACAUUCACAUAAAAAUCAACCAAAAUCCAGCAAAAUUCACUGGAUUUUGCUGGAUUUUUUGUGAAUGUUCUUAAACAUUUCUAAUUCUUCUUUUUUUCCACCAAAGAACGUUCAAAGAUUUCCCAAAAAUGUGGAUAUCAGAAGUUUCACUUUGAAAACAUAUUUUUUCCCACAUUUUCAAACUUUAAAAUGGGUUAAUUUGACCUGCACGACGACAUGAGGGUUAAACUUAUUUUGAGUUUUCUUGUCAAAUACAACUCAAAACAAGAUAAUUUCAAGGUUUGAUUUAACAAGAUAUUUCAGAAGCAUUGUCUUAAAACAAGUCCCUCCAUCUGCUGAAAUUUCACUUGUUAAGUGAAUUUAUCUUAAAACAAGUGGGAUGAGACAUUUUGACUAAAAAUAAGACAAAUAGACUUGGUAAGAUUUUGAGUUUUUGCAGUGCAUAAACACAAAAAUCAAAACCACUUUCAAGACUGUUUCUUGACGUACACGACUUGUUCAAAACUUCAGCCAGACUCUCGAUGGUUCCACCUUGUUGCCAAGCGACACAUGAGAACCAUUUGGCUGCUCCAUAGCAAAGUAACUCAUUUAGAAGAAGUGAUAACUGACAACCACUGUUCCCUCUAAACUGCGCGCGUGCGCAAUUGCGCACUGCUGACACGGUCUCCGCGCACAGAAAAUCUGCUGCGCACAAAAAAAAUCCAACCUAAAUUGUAAAUAAAAUAAACACGUAACAAUUCAUUCUGUGCUAUUUUUCAAUGUGAGUCAGUGAGUGACCGGUGAUUGGCUGCUGCAGCCAAUGAUGCGAUUCACAUACGUAUUUACCAUAGACUGUAUAUAAUGGUAUUUACGCCGCUAAUCAAGGUCAGGCUUCCUUAUGUGCAGCCAUCGUUGUUCUCAAAGAUAUGAAUGAGUAGAUAGGACACGCCCCUUUGAGCUGCGGCUACUGCGAGGCUAAGCUAGUGGGGGAAAGUUUCAGUGCAUUCCGUUGAUGAAGACGGCGUGAAAACGGAAACAAGUAUGCCGUCUCACUGUGCUGCAUACAAUUACACACUGCGUCGUACGAUUGAGACAAGGAAACUUGGAAUGACUUUUCAUCGGUAAGAAUAGUUUUUGGCUCUUUUUUCAUUAUGAAAUCUUGUUGAGAGCUUCCAGUCUAUGAGAGCUAACUAGUUAGCCACUAGCAAAACGCUAAGGCGAGCUAGCAGCUUGACAACCAAAUACCAGACGAUUAAUAGUAGCUGUAGUAUAGUUGUACAAGCAGUAGUAGAAAUACUAACAGUACAAGCAGCAGUAGUAGUAUAAACAGCUGUUAGAGUCGUAGAAGUAGUAUCAGCAUUUGUAAUAGUAUUACAAGUUGUAGUAGCAGUGCCAGUAUCAGCAGCAGUAGUAAGUAGUCACAUUACUAUUACUACCACCAAUACUACCAAUAGUAGUUAUAAAGCCUAACUCAUGUAUAUCCAGAUUACCAUCUAUGUUCUUCCUCCAAACCCAUUUUAUGAUUGGGAUUACAGGCAGUUCUUUAGGACUGCUCUCAAAUAAUUGAAAUGUUACUAAACAAGGUUAUACUCAUCAAAUUAAAUAGCUCUGGUCUCCAGUAUAUUGGCGAAUUUGGUUCUUUGUACUUAAUUUAUUAGCAUGAUUUCUUUUUAAUAUGUUGUGUACAGACUUAAUUACUUCUCUGUCUACUUUUCUUACUCCAUGUAGGUUUCCCAGAGACUAUGGGUUGAGGAGGAAGUGGAAGUUUGUCGGCUUAGACCUGGUGUCAUUCCAUCAGUGUCAAACUUCCCGGCUCAUCUUGGAAGAGUACGUGCCAGAAAGACCACGACCAAGCAGCCUUGAGAUCUUAGGCAGCGUCUCCCUGAGGUCCCUCUCUAUCUCCCCACACAUCCACCAACCACUGGAACACAUCUCCAAAGUUCUGCCGGGCCAGCUCAGCUUCCCCUCAGAAGAAGUUCCGCCACCUGCCAGAUGAAGGAGCCUUUUGAGAGGCAGCUGGCAUCGUGAUUGGACUGUACUUUGGUCUGUUCCAAUCCAGCUUCAGCUCCAGAGACGGCAGGCGGGACGAGUCAACGGAGGCCGGGUGGACGAAGGCAUGCAGCUGAGUACAAUCCAGAAAACAACAGAGGAGGAGUGCAGUGGUCCAGGGCCAGAACAACCAGAGUAGCAUCGUAUGUCUCUUAGAAAACAUCAUAGUAUAGCCUUUGGUAUGAAAAAAAGCCAUCAUAUACAUCAUAUAUUGUACAAAUAAGUCAAAGGAAAGAGACAUACAUUGUAGAAUUGUAGUAAUUGUGGGCUGACUGAUUUACUGAUUAUCAGUAUUUUAUUUUUUACUGAUUUACGGUAAUAAAUACAUUUAAAAAUGG